AUGGCGGCAUUUUUGAACGCGUUUUCGGGAAAGGUGCGACCUGGAGACGUCUAUUCGCUCAAUCUCACAGCUGAUGGCACGACCACCCCCUACAAAUAUCUCAUUCUUGCGGUUGAACCUAACCCGGGCCACAUAGCGAAAUGCUAUGAGGCCUUGAUGGACAAACUGGAAGCCCUACACAUCGAUUCAGUGACGGUCACUGGCCUAGGAUGUGGAGCCAUGAAUGUGUCGGCAGAUGAUUCGGCCAAGCACCUGUCUAAUGCGAUCCAGGCCCGGAUCGAUACGGGCAGAUUGGCCAAGCUGAAAAACCUCAUUGUCUGCGACAUGAUCGAGCACAUCGUCAAGAAGUUUGCGCAGGCAUUUUCUAACGACAGCGAGAGCACAUCGACUGAUGACACGGAUAAUGCUGAUUUCACCUACGAUGUGGAUCCGAGCAAGUUGACCGACGAUCCAUGCCCAAUUUGUUUGAUGGAAUUGAACACUGAGGGGCUGACGGUCGUGGCUCUGAAGAUUUGCCAUCACAUGUUCCACAAGGAGUGCUUCACACAACUCGUCAAUAACUCUGGUCCGAAGCGUUGCCCUAACUGCACGCUUUUCUUUUCGUUUCCGAAGGGUGAUAUGCCAUCAAACGCAACGAUGUCCUGCAACCUGCAUCGUGAUAAGAAGGUUAAACUUGAGGGAGGCGUUGGCUACUAUGAAAUUGUUUACGAUGUUCCGAGCGGAAUCCAAGGGCCGAUGCACCUUCGACCCGGUUUGCCCUACCGCGGAACUACUCGCUAUGCCUACUUACCGAACACCGAAGCUGGUGCCAAAGUGCUAAAGCUGUUGAAGAAAGCGUUCGAAUGUCGCCUCACGUUUACGAUUGGAAAAAGCGACUGCAUAAAGACUGUCAACCGGCUCUAUUCUGAGCUCUUCCUCUUCAUCAAUUCAUUUGAUCGCGGGAAUAUCACCGAGAACGUCAACAGACUGAAACAGAUUGAACAAGCGUGUGAACAACUAAAGGAGACGAUCCGGCAAAUCCCAGGAAUUGAUAGCGAAGAAGACGAACAGACUACGAAGAUCCGAUCACUCUACAAGCAGGAGCCCGGCGACAAAUUGAAUCAAAAAGUUCACUGUUCCUAUUGCAACAGCAUCGUGUUGCUGCAGAACUUGGCUUUUUGGGACCCUGUGUCCUUCGAAUUGCCGAUGGCUCAACAACGUAAGGAUCGUCAGGAACAAGAAGUGGACAAGGAGACAUUGGAAGGAUUUUGGGCGGUUAAGAAUAUGAUGGACUUUGAGAACGUCGGAUUUACUCAUGCAGUCGGCGGGUACAAAUACCUCACAUGUGCCGAAUGCGAAUAUGGACCGAUUGGAUUUGUAUGCAGACGUGUAAAAAAAGAUGGCAGC